AUGUCUGCUUGGUGUUACUAUUCGCAGACUCCUAAACGUCACAAAGAUUGUGUGACAUCCUCAUUUGAGGGUGUUUCUGGAAAUGUCAGAGUGGUUUUUGCAACAACAUCCUUAAGUAUGGGCAUUGACUUUCCACAAGUGAAGUAUGUUAUUCACUACAGGCCAUCUAACAACUUGACAUCGCAUCUCCAGGAAGCAGGACAGGGUGGGAGAGAUGGAAACCAGGCAUUUCAUAUAACAUUAUAUCAUGGAAGACAUCUGAUAACUUGUGAAGGAGAUAUCAAAACUGCUGUGAAACAUUCAUUGAAGUCAUGCUGCCGAGUUGAAUUUCUUCGUAGUUUCGAUGAAACAGUUUCUGCUCUGGAACCACUGCAUGACUGCUGUAGCGUAUGUCACCAAAGUUGCAACUGCCUGGGUGAUAGCUGCGGGAAAGUGGUUCCAGAAUUUGAUUUUGUACCAGAAAGCGUGGAAGAUGUGAAAAAAUCGCGAGAUGUUUCUGAGAAUGACAAGGAGUGUGUUAAAGAAGCCCUGAAAGAAGUCCAGCGAUCACUGUCCUGCCAGACUCAAGUGCGUAUGUUUGAUGACUCUGGUAUCAUUUCUCAUGGUUUUUUGGAUAAGCUCAUUGACAAAAUUGUGCGUAAUGUCAAUUUUAUUUACAAUGUGCAUGAUGUAAUUGAACACUGUAAUCCACCCACUCUUAAGGUGGCAGUCAUUAUUCUUGAAAUUGUUAAGGAAACAUUU